AUAUUUUCGCCUGUUUUACCGACGCAGAUUUGCACUCAAGUCCAAUGUAAACGACACUUUAGAAUAGCUUAGUUGUGUAUAGUAACAUGUAGUGUGGAUUGGAGAUGGCGGAACUAAGUGUUGACGACCUUGGAUCUGUGGUCCGUGUACUUUAUGAUUAUAAAUACAAAGCAAAUAAUGGGAGCCUUAUCAGUAUAACAGAAAAUGAAGAAUUCAUUUUGAUCAAAAAAUCGAAUGCAGAUUGGUGGCAAGUUAUAAAGACAGAUGUAAAGAAACCAAUUUAUGUUCCUGCUGCUUACAUUACACAACUUCAACAGAAGAAAUAUCCAGACCAUCCAUUCUUUAAGAAAGCACAUGCUGCACUACAGAAGGCAAAGAAGAAGCAAAAGUUAUUGGAAGGGAAACAAAAACCUGAUGCAACACUUCCACACAAGGAGAGAAUGAUUGUUGUAACUGGGUCAAGGGAAGACUUAACUGUCAUGUCUUUGAAAGACAGUAAAUAUUCGGAAAUGCGGGCAAGCUGUGAUUCUUUGGAUCGUUUUAUUGAGAAUGAAAAUCCUUACGAUGAAGUUCCUUUUGAGUCAACUUUUUCACCUCGUGUUGAUUUAAAUAAAUUGACCUCAUCAUCAAAGAAAGUUGAACCCCUUGCCCCAGAUGCUCAAUAUGAAGAGCCUGAGUAUGAAAACUUAGAGAAUAUCAUUCCUUCUAAAGCGAAAGAAAAUGUUCCUGAACCAGCACCCCGUCGUAAAUCACUUGAAAACAUCGUUAAAUCAGAAAGCAGCACACCAAGCUCACCAGACAAUCCACGCCGCAGUUUUGAUAAAGCAAAGCAUGCAAACGUACAAGGAGAGGACGUCAUUAAACCUGUUAUACCUCAACACAACUCGCCCAGGACAGUCACCACUGUAGAGGUCCUCGAUGAUGGGUGGGAACUUCAGCUUGAUAAUUCCACAGGGAAUAAAUAUUAUUACAACACCAAUUCUGGUGAAAUGAGAGUGAAGCCCCCACGCAAACAAAGAGUCACUGACGAUAAAAUGAAAACGCCACAGAGAGGCGAUAGAGUUCACAGUCCACCUGCUGUACCCGAUGUUUCAAAGAAACCUUCGUUUGAACCAAGUCGGUUGUCACCGGAGAUUGUGGAAGAUUUUUCAAUACUGCAACGAAGAAAGACAUCACCAGCGAGGUACAAGAACACUCCUCGAUCUCCUCUCGUUCCUCGCAACCAGGAGUCCCAAUCUCCGGAACCAAAUGAUCCUUGGACCAUCAGCCCAAAGAACACUCCCAGUGUACAGAGGAACAACAGCAACAACAGUGGCUACUUUUCCUUCAUGAGCAGAUUAUCCCCGGACACAUCCGAGAAGAAGAAGAAACACAAAAAAGCGAGCAGUGAUGCGGGAAGAGCAACUAGCUCUCCCAAUUUUGAGAAGACCAAAUCGAGGUCUUCGUCUUUUGGAAGCGGGGAGCUGUUAAGACCAGAGAUGCAAGGAUGGAUUAAAGAGAGAAGUCCGGAGGGGGAGGUUGUGUACGUGAAUGAGUUUAAUGGAGAUAGGUGGCAUGAAAUGACAGAUGAAGACUCUGGUAAACCAUAUUAUUUCAAUGAAUACACAAGACAGACUGUAUGGGAGCUACCGCAGUUGCAUGGGGAGGGUGAAACAGAGUUGGAAGAGCCCUACGAAGAGGAGAGGGAGAAGGAACAGCGGAAAGUUGGCUUAUCCAAAGCUUAUUCCGACCGAGGACGCUCAAUGUUCAAAGUAAAGUCACUAGAACGAGAAAAAAUCUAUCUAACCCAAGAAGAAAGGCCGAAACAUUUCUCGUUACCCCAUAACACUUCACCCCCUGCCGAUUCUAACCCCUCUGACCCUUUGGGUCAUCUACCUGACCCCCAAAGUCACUCUGCUGACCCACCCAGCGUACCUUCACCAAGUUUAAAGCCAAGAUUUGCACGCAAAGUAAAACGUGUGAUGCAAGCCCGGUCCAUGAUCAUACUUGAUGACAAUCGAUCAUUCUCACCAAUUGAUGAAUUCCACCAGCAAGAAACUGCACUUAAAACUUCGCAAUCUGAAUACGACCUGCCUGAGAUAGGGCAGGGGAAGUCCCGACUGCGAGACAUGGAGCAUUCCUCAGUUCCCCCACCACACCCUGUGAUCGAACGGCAAGGCAGAUUAUACUGGACCAAACUGGUUGAAGCCGGUAAAAAGCAGAGGAAAAACUGGUUACAGCAGUGGGUUGUGUUGCUGGCAAAUAACCUGUUGUUCUAUAAAGAUCAGAAGCAAGCCGUAAUGACAAAAUCAACACCUCAUGGUCGGCCUGACAGUAGUUGUGACUUGCGUGGAGCUGUGGUGGACUGGGCACGAGACAAAUCAAGCAAAAAGAAUGUUCUUGAGCUUAAAACAGUGCGUGGAUUGUCAUUGUUGCUUCAACAUGAGGACAUAACAACUAUACAAAAGUGGUUGACUGCCAUUAAAGUGACGAUACAGCGCGCUAACCAGGUUGAACCACUGGAACACGAAUAUUUAUCGCAGAGGAACAGCAGAGAUCGAGAUGAAGAUGAUGAAGAUGAUCAUAAGAAGAAGAAAGAUAAGAAGAAGAAAUCGAAAGCUCCCUCGAGACAUGGCUCUGAUGCGAAAAAUUCUGACAAAGUUCGAAGUAAAUUGAGAAAGUUCAUCAAUAGGAGGCCAACCAUGGAAAGUUUACAAGAGAGAGGAAUUAUCAAAGAAACUGUCUUUGGUUGCCCUUUGGAAAAAUUGUGCGAAAAAGAGCAAACUCAUAUUCCAAACUUCAUUAAGUUAUGUGUGGCAGAGGUGGAAAGAAGGGGUUUAGAAGUUGAUGGGAUAUACAGAGUAAGUGGAAACCUCUCUCAUGUGCAGAAGUUGAGAUACAUGAUCGACAGAGAUGAGCCAGUGAACCUCAGUGAACCUGAAUGGGAAGAUAUUCAUUUGGUGACCGGUGCACUUAAAAUGUUCCUAAGAGAACUACCUGAGCCUGUGAUCCCGUUUGCUUUUUUCGAUAAAUUUGUGACAGCCUGCAAAAUGCAGGACCAACCACAAAGACUAAAAUCAACCAAAGCAUUAGUGCAAGCACUGCCAGCUGUAAACCGUGAAACACUGACGUAUCUGAUGCAGCACUUUCGCAGAGUCGUUGAAAGAAGUUCACAAAACCGAAUGCAAAUUCAGAAUAUUGCAAUAGUGUUUGGGCCUACACUGCUACUUAAACCACCUGAAGAUUCACAAUCUAGGCCAGAUUCUGGUGGCAGCAGCAUGGCUAUAUAUAUGGCUUUCCAGAACCAAAUAAUUGAUUAUAUGCUAAGCGGUUUUGAAAGUAUUUUUUUGAAAUGAUUUGGCUCAGUCAGCCUAAUAUUAAGUGUUUUGAGAUCUAGUCCAAGGUUGAAGAGAAAAUAGCUGAAGUUUCACUUUUUAUUUUUUAUUGUUUUCUUUUUGUUUCGAUGCGUUAAUGGCUGCUUUAUCACAUCUUGCCUCAAAACGCAUGGUUACUUAUUGUUGAGCAAUUCAAUUUGAAAAUUAUGGUUACCACAUAUAAAUUGUGGGUAGCAAAAGAACAAACAAAGAAAUCUGACUGACUAAAUAAUGUAUUGAUUCAAUUUCUCUGUUUCUGCUUUUGCAAAUCAUUUAUUAGUUUUUUUGUCUAAACUUGGUCAAUGGAAUAAAUCCUGCAUAGCACUUUAAUUCUGAAUAUGUUUUAAAACUGAGCUGUUCUCAAAUACGGCUGCUACUGUACCAGUGUGCUUGAGCCCUUAUUUGUGCUGUUUUUCACAUUUCUGAAUUUUGCUUAAGGUUUCAAAUUUGAACCAAAGCUCACGCCAGUGAAAUUAUGACAUCAUAUUUAGGUAGUUUUUCUUUUUUUGCCCUAAAAGUAACAACUAUUCUUUUUCUGCCAGUAUUAAUCGGCAGGUUGCACUUUUCAAUGCCUUGAUAUCCAUUGAGCAGACAUUUAACCUCUGUUUUGUGUACAGCGAAUAAAUAUAACCCGUUUUUGACCUGA